AUGCAGGUUCAACAACAUCAGUCAUGUGCUAACCGCGGAUCCCUCUGUUCCCCAUCCCCAACACUAAACUCGCAAUCAGAUCAAUUGUGGUUUUACCCUUUACACCGAUAUGUCCAGACGGACAUGCAACAGAUAGACGACACUCAUGUCCUCUUCAACAUUUUCAAUGCGGCUACCAUCAACCACAUCGUUGUCUUCCUGACCGGGACCGAAGCGUUUCCAGAGGGAAUGGGCGGGGCCAUCUACUUCAGUUGGCCGUCACCGGAGGGCGAAAUGGUCAGGAUGUUUCUCGGUUUCAUCACCAACGAAAAGCCAAGUGCCAUUUUUAAAGUAGUCGGCUUGAAGAAAGGAAGUUCUACAAACAACUCAUUCAUGCAGUCUAUGCCUGUACAGCAGCCGAUGAAGACGAUGUCACAGAUUGGAAUCUCUGAGGAACCCCUUCACGUUAUCCAGCAUCAGAUACCAGCAGAAACUACCCAGACGUUGACUUUGACCAGCUUCUCAGAGUUCUCCAUGAAGAUGUUGGAGAACUUCUACGACUACGCCUCGUCGUUCGGAAUAAACCAGUCGCAGAUGACACCCCAGCCAAUUGAGCAAUGAUUUGGGGUCAAAUUUAUCCGUCGAACUUUUGAUUUUCUUUGUGCACAAAAAUCCCGUAGUGAGGCUAGAUAGUAAAACCUGUGUAACUUUGACCCAUGGUAUCAUACAAUAUCUUUCCGAAUACAGUAAACAUUUGGCAAAACAAAUGAAAUGAAUUUGGAUUUCAGCAUCCUCCAAGCAGUGAAUACAUACGAUCCUUAAAUUAUACACCUGUAUAUCUCCCAACCUCAACUUGUAAUUUAUGUGCUUAGCUCCUAAACCUUGCUAAGCAGUGACGAUAUUGAGGAUUGUGUACAAAUAACUUAGGUAUGGCUGUAUGUCGAAGUUCUUUUUAAAC